AUGGAGCAUAACACCUCACCACCACCACCCUACACCCCGAGUGACACUUCCACCUUGGAAGAAACGUUUCCUGCUCCUCAGAACCUCAAAAGCGAGAGCCUCCUCACUCGUGGUCUUCAAGUCCCUACGCGAUCGGCUGUUCCUACCUCCGGCUUCACGUAUCCGCCUCUACUCUCGCAAUUCGAUAUCACGGCUGCGGACUGGGACAAGUUCACCACUGAAGUGAUUACCACGGCCCGAAUGAACCGGAAGCAAUGGACUACGGCGGUUGGGAAGGGUCUCGGCGUAAUGGCGAUCGGCGGGCUGAUGGUCGGGUUGGUGGGUGCCAUACCAGCGUACUAUGUUGCGCGACGGGCGCAGCGGAGCCGGGAAGAGAAAAAUAUGAUCCUGGGGAGUGAGGAGUUGAGGGGGGUGGUGGAGAGAUGGAACCAGGGGUUCUUUGAGCCCCGGGGGGUGUUGAUUAGGGUUGACUUGCCGUUUGAGGAGGUGGAGCAAAUGGAGAUGAUGGAUGUGUUGGAUGGGAAGGGGAGGGAUGCCAAGGGGGAGCGGAAGAGAGACAAUGAGGCGAGGAAGGCGAGGAUAGUGAUUAUACCUUUGCCGGGGAAGUCAGGAUAA